CCUGGCCUUUCCAAAGGUCUUCCCUGGAUCCCGGAAUUCCCAUCGGGAUCGCUCCCGGCCCCGCCCCGGCCCCGCCCCCGCUGCCCUUUGGCCACCUGGAAAAAUUCCCGAUUUUCCGCCGGCGCUGCUCCCUGCUCAGGAGCCCGAACUCGGCCCGGCUCCAUGGCGGAGCAGCCGCUGGACCACGGCGUCCAGAUCCGCUUCAUCAGCGACCUGCGGGAGCCGCGGCGCCCCCCGCGCUCCUCCCGCGGCCGCGGCGGCUCCUACGGCGUGGCCGUGCGCGUCCAGGGCAUCGCCGGGCAGCCCUUCGUGGUGCUCAACAGCGGCCAGCGCGGCCGAGACAGCUUCGGCGUGCAGAUCCGAGGGGGACACCCCGAGCCCCCCCCGAGCGCCCCCAAAACCCGGCCCCACAGCGGCUCCGAGGAGGAGGAGGAGGAGGAGGCGGGGGGCGCCGAGGGGCAGAUUUGGGAUGGGGCGGCGCGCGGGGGGCGCGGGUUUUCGGAGCAGGAGGAUUCAGGGGGAUCUCGGGGGGAAACUUCGGGGCGGCCUGGGGGGAUCCCAAAAUUCUCAGAUCAGGACCCGGGAGGAUCCCGGGGUGCCCCAAAAUCCUCGGAUCAGCACCUGAAAAUCGCCAAACCCGCGGAGGAGCUGCGCCGAUCCCAAUCGCACGGGGACCUCAGCGCGCCUUUUCCCAAGAGCGGGGAAAAGCCGGGAAAAAGGGAUGCGGAAAUUCCCAAAAUUCCUGGGGAUGUGGACACGGAGCCGCUGCGCUCCGUGGAUUCCUUGAUCACCAAAUUCGACGGGAAUUUGCCCCGCGGGCGAGCGGCGCGGAGGUUCCGCGGCCCCGGCGCGGCUCCGAGGAAGCGCUCGCAGAGUUUGGAUGCGCGGAAUUCCCGGGAAUCUGCCGCGGUCCCGCCCCAAAUUCCCCAAAUUCCCGGCGGGUUUGGGGGCGUGGAGGAGCAGAGCGUGGAGAUGCAGCUGAAAUCCACCCCGGACCUGCUGCGGGACCAGCGGGAAUUGGGGGGCGGCGAAAACCCCACCGAGCUCAUCUACAGCAUCCUAAAGGAGGGACCGAAAUCCCCCGAAAGUGCCCUAAAAUUCCCACUCCAUGACCGCAAUUCCCCCAGAUUUGGGAUUUGGGGGAAUCCAGCAGCAAUUCCUGCCCUUCCCUUUUCCCAUGACCCCGUUCCCAAUUAUUUUCCCCCAAAAUCCGACCCCAAAUCCAGGAGCUCCGAGAGCGAAAUUUCCCUGAAAAGGAAAACCUCGAGGCUGCUGGGAAAAUUCCAGGAGCUGGCAAGUUCCAUGGUGGCUCCGGACUCACCGCAAUCCCAAAUCCUGCGGGAGGCCCUGGACAGGAAAUCCCAGGAGCUGCAGCGGAGCCAGGCCCAGCUGAGCGAGCUGAGAGCCGCCAAGGAGGCGCUGGAGGCACGGCUGGGCCACCUCGAGGGGCAGCUGCUGGCCACCGACCCCAAAAGUGACCCCGACACACAGGACCUCUACCAGGAGCUGCAGGAGUGCCGGGAGCAGCUGCAGGAGGUUUUGGGGUCGCGGCGGCGCCAGGAGCGGGAGCUGCAGGCGCUCAAGGGGGCCCUGAAGGCCGAGGUGGCCACGCACGAUUCUGACCUGGAGCGGCUCCGGGGGGAGAUGGAGGCGAUCCGGGCGGAGAUGGAGCGGGUCUCGGAGGAGAAAUCCAGCCUGGAGCAGGAACGGGAAAAUUUGGGAAUGCAGCUCCGGAAUCUGCGGCGGGAGCUGGAGGAGAGCGCGGAGGAGACGGAGCAGUGGCGGGAAAUGUUCCAGAAAAACAAGGAAGAGCUCCGGAAUUCCAAGCAGGAGCUGCUGCAGGUGCGGCUGGAGCGAGAGGAGUUGGAGGAGGAACUCCGGGAGCUCCAGGAGCGAUUCCAGGCGGCGCGGGAGGAUCGGGAUCGAGCCCGGAGCGACCCCCAGGAGAUGGAAAAGCUCCGGAAGGAGCUGGAGCAGGCCCGGAAGGAUCUGGAAAAGCUCCGGGGGGAGCGGGACGAGGCUGCUCAGGCCCAGAUUUCCCUGGAAUCAGCGCUGGAGGCAUCGGUGGAGGCGCGGAAAGUUCUGGAAUCGCGGCUGGAGGAAUCCCAGGAACAGCGGGAAAACUGGGAAAGGCUCCGGGAGAAAGUGGCCGAACUGGAGGCGGAGCGCGCGGCGCUGGCCGAGUCGCUGGGAUCCGGUGCGGAGCGGGAGCGGGAUUUGGUGUCGCGCCUGGAGCGCUCCCAGCGGGAGCUGCGGGAUUUGGGAUCGGCCCUGAGCGAGGAGCGGCUCCGGCGGGAUCGGCUCAGCCAGGAGGUGCGGGAAUUCCCAGAACUCCAGCGGCUUUCGUUUCCUUGCGGGAUUUGGGAUCGGCUCCGGUGGGAUCGGCUCAGCCAGGAGCUGGAGCAGAUGACGGCGGAAUCCCAGAGCUCCCUGGCCUCGCUCCGAUCCCAGCUGGAAGAAUUCCAGGAAAAAUCCCGUCGGGAACUCACAGAUUCCCAAAAAAUCGCCCAAGACCGCGAGGCUGAGGCAGAAAAAUUCCAACAGAACCUCGGGAAGCUCCAGGACGAGGUUUCCCGGCUGAAGGAGACAAUCCAGGAAAACCGGGAAGAGCGGGAUCGGAUCCUGCUGGACAAGGAGCUCCUGCUGCAGAGGCUCCAGGAGCUGGAGCAGGACCUGGAAAAUCGGAAGCGAUCCCAGGAAGAGCGAGCUCGGCAUUCCAAGGCGCUGGAGGAAAAAUCCAAACGUCUGGAAUUGGAGCUGGACGAGGAGCGGAGCUCGGUGGAGCUGCUGAGCGAGAGGGUGACCCGGAGCCGGGAUCAGAUCGAGCAGCUGCGGGCAGAGCUGCUCCAGGAACGUUCGAGCCGCCAGGACCUGGAAUGUGACAAAUCCUCCCUGGAGCGCCAGAACAAGGAGCUGAAGAACCGGUUGGCCGCUUCCGAGGGGCAGCAGCGACCCGGGAGCAGCCGGAAUUCCCAGCUGGAAUCGCAGCUGGAAGAGCUCCGGGAGCAGCUCCAGGCCGAGGAGAGGGAGAAGAGCGUCCUGCUCUCGUCCAACCGGAAGCUGGAGCGGAAAAUCAAGGAAUUGUCGCUGCAGCUGGACGAGGAGCGGCAGAGCAGCAGCAACCAAAGGGACCAGCUGAGCCUGCGCGUGAAGGCCCUGAAGCGCCAGGUGGACGAAUCCGAGGAGGAAAUCGAGCGCUUGGAAAACGCCCGGAAAAAAUCCCAGCGGGAGCUGGAGGAGCAGCAGGAGCUCAACGAGCAGCUCCAGCGGCGCCUGAAAUCCAUGGAAAAGGAGGCCUGGCGCCGCGCCGUGGACUCAGCGCUGCAAGACGAGCGGCUGAGCUCGGAUGAGGAAUUCGGCUCCGCAGCCAUCGCCUCCCUCCUGAGCGAGGCCAACCUGCAGGCCAGCUCCUGCUGAGGCUGGGAGGGAACGUUGGGAAUGCCGGGAAUGCCGGAGUCAUCGUCAUCAUCAUCAUCAUCGUCAUCAUCAUCAUCGAGGCCGGGACCGGUUCCGGGCUCAUCCCUGGGACAGCCCCCUCCUGCUGAUUCCUGGGAAUUCCAGAGCUGGGAUUGAGUCCGGGAUCAGCCCUGAGGUCAGCCCUGGAAUUCCGGCCAGGAUCAGCCCUGGGCUGCGGCUGCUCCAUAGGAAAAAAUUCCCAAAGCGAGGACAUGAAGGAAAAACAGCCGGGACCCCUGUGGGAAUCCUGGGAUUUCCAAGGAUUUCCCAGAAUUUCCGGGUAUUUUUAGGGAUUUCCCAUCUCCUGAGGACACUUUGGGGGAACCCUGGGAUUUCCCCAUUCCAGGAAUUUUUGUUCCCACUCGCUCCUGAAGAUGUUUGGAAUAAAAUCCAGCAGUUUAAGGGCA